AUGACGAUCAUCGAAAUUGAAGUGAUUUUCGACUUUGUCUGCGCGUGGUGCUACAUUGGCAAGCGCAAACUAGACCACGCCAUCUCUCUCUACCAAAAGACCUACCCAGACGGCAAAAACGACACGUUCUCCAUCGCGUGGAAGCUGUACUAUCUGCACUACAACACACAGCCUCACAGCGUCGAUAACAGCGAGGUGGCAAAAGUUAGGCUGAGCGACAUGUCGCCAGAGAGGCAGGCUGCAUUGACGCAGUGGAUGGAGCAGAUUGGCCGCUCUUUCAGCGUCAAUUUCAAGUGGGGAGGCAAGAUCGGGCCUGACACGCGUGAUGCGCAUCGACUUGUGCGUCUGAGCCGGUCGAAAGACGCCAGUGUGCAGAGUUCACUGAUUGAUGGCCUUUUUGCGGCCUGUCACGAGCUUGAACAGGACAUUUCUGACAUCGAAAUUCUUCAAAUGUUGCGACUGGCGCUGCUGGCGGCUCGGGUGUUCCAACUUUUUCUUAUUCAAGGAGUUCACCGGUUGGAUGACGCUCAGGAUCCAUCGGACUUCUACGAAGCAUUUGUCACAGUGAAGGAGGCUGAACCGACGCAAGGCAUCUGA